AUUUCCAAUUAAAAGAAAAUUCCAGCACUACGGAUUUCCUAGUUCGGGCGGGACUCGAAAAACGAACGAGGGAGAAAGAUUCGAAUUGAAGGUCCGAUAAUGGCAGAUGUUGUGGACGAUCUUGAACCCUUGUUCGAUUACAGUCGCGUUCAGCCUGUCAUUGUUAACCUAGACGAUGAUUCAGAUUCAUCACCUGUACGGAAACGAAAGAAAACCUGCAGCUCUGUGGCUAAAGAGGUAGAAGACGAAGUUAAGAUAAUAGAAGUCGUCAAUGCUAAAACUAAGGAUGAGGAGGAUUGGCUGCCUCCUCCGCCCAAGUUUUCUGCUAUUGCUCAGAGUCACCUAGAGGAUUCGACUAUAAAGGAGUUGAGGUUAAAGAAGCAGGAGCUGCAAUUGUUUGCAAAAUCUGCUGAAGAUGUGUUGCGAGCAGCAAUGGAGGCUGAAAAAAAAGAGUGCAUUAAUUCAGCAAAGACUUCUUCAGAGGCUGUUGCUGAGCAACCAGAAAAAUGUCAUUUGAAUAGAGCUAAAAUAGUUGUUUCUAUCCAGGACAAACAAGAACUCAAGCAAUUUCGCAUUUUCAUGGAUGACAAGUUUGAUCGGCUGUUCAAAAGGUAUGCGGAGAAAGUUAAAAUCGACGCACAAAACUUAGUAUUUUGCUUCGAUGGGGAUAAGAUUAAUCCAACAGCGACACCUGAGGGCCUUGGAAUGGAGGAUGAUGACAUUAUUGAAGUGCAUGUGAAGAAAAGCUGACUGUGGUUUUGCUCCAGUGGCCCGUUAAGCAUGAAUCAACUUCUUGUUGCUUUUCACAAUUGAAUCUCCCUGUUGUUAAUAUUUAUUUGGGUCUUAUGUAAUUUCGGGCUCAAGUUGUACAGUAUCAUGUCAUUUUUGGAAAUUUGUCAUGGGAAUAAAUUCCUAUAGCAUUAUUUGAACUGCUUGAUCAUGCAUUCAUGGGGAUGCCCUUGGGGAAGAAAGCCCUCAAUUUUGUAGUUGUAUAAUAAUGCUCUGAAUUGUGUUUCUAUGAGUUAAAUGUUUUGAAUUGGAUUCCUAAUUAAUAGUUGAAUGUUAGUUACAUCAGUUUAUGUAGAUG